AUCGCGGUCAAGUUCUUCAUACAGAAGGACCUCGCGACGGAGAUCCAGGCGGAAUUAUGCGAUACGAUUACCACCCUAGGCGGACGCGUCGAGUCCAAAGUCCCCCGACAAGGCUUCAUGCUGACGCAGCCCGGCUCGGCCGAGGCAGAACGUCUGCGCCUCUGCUGGAACAGCAGAGACCGCCCGGAGCGAUACUUCGUGCCGUAUUCUUAUGUCGAGGCGUGCAAGAUUGCGGGGACGUUGUUGAAGCAGAUUUUUUUGGAGAAUGGGGAGCCGAUUAAGUUUUUCAUACAUCCUAGUAUUGCGAACCCGAAUGCGAGGGCGGCGUUGAGUGCGCGGAUCGCGCAUUCCGGCGGCGACCCAAUGGCGACCGCGCAGAACGCGCGCGUUAUCCUCGCCGAUCCCAAUACCGAGGUCUUCCAGCAUCUCGUGAAUAGCUAUCAGGGUGUUCCGGACAAGUACGUGGAGUCGUUCCUGUGGGUGAAGAAAUGCGUGGAGCGGAGCGCGGUCAACUACACCCCUCUCAUCUACAAGAAUCCCGGGGGACGUCGGCCUGGGGAAGAGCGCACGCAGUUCAGCGAGGAGGACGAGCAGCAUCUGUGUCAUUGGAUCGCGACGAAGAUUCCGUACAAGGAGACGGGCGGACGAACGGGGAAUAGACUGUACCAACAGCUCGUCGAGAUGGUCACCGAACCAGAAUUCGCCUGGGUCACCCGCCACACCUGGCAAUCCUGGCGCGAACGCUACAAGAAGAACUCCACUCGGCUCGACACCGUCAUCCAAGCCAUCGUCGAGCAGAAGAAGACGAUGCCGGGUGAAAAGGGCCAGUACGGCUACGUCCGCAAACCGGAAGAGAAGAAACGGAACAAGCGGCGUAAGACGAGCGGUGCGGAACCCACUGAGGAGGACGAUUUCCUGAAUAUGGCGGCUGCUGGGGCAGGUCCACCUCCGCCUCCGCCGCCGCAGCCCCAGAUGCCCAACAUGGCGCAUACUAUCCAGAUGCCUAUGCCUGGGCAGGAGAUGCAUCAUGGUGUUCCUCCUCCUGGAAUGGGCGGAAUGAUGUAUGGACCGCCGCCGCCGCCACCCCCGCCUGAGCUGUUGCAGCAGAUGAGAGCAAGUCCAGCGGAGGAGGAGAUGGAGGAAGAAGGACCCGAGUGGACGGUCAGGGUGGGAAACGAACCUCCGCCAGCCUGGGGGAAGAGAAGGGCUGAAGAGGAACAUCCUGGAGAUGACAAUGAUCCGAAGAGGCUGAGAACGGCUGAUGAGCAACAGGGCGUGCCCCAGCCUCCACACCCGAUGCUCGGUGCUCUUGGGCCAAAUGGUGGACCCAACGGCAUGCACGUCGUCGACCAGGGUAUUUUGGAUAUCGCCCGGGAGUAUCGCUUCACCGUGGAAGAAGUUCAUGAGUACUAUGACCGUUGCGGUGCCAUGGAUCGCACUCGUGCGCGUUUCCAGAAGAUGCGCGAGACCUUGAAUGCGCUGGAGGAUGAUGCUCAUUGA